GUGGCGGGCUGGGCACGGUGUGUUCCUGUCAGCUGACUAGUGAAGCGCUGGAGCAAGCCAUGAACUUGUGAGUGGGCACCCAGCAAUAGAAAAUGUUGAGCUCAGCCCUGAGUCCCCAGAACGGCACUUGGACAGGCACUUGGACAGAGGCCUUCAGUCUGCUUUUGGGACUUGGCGCUGCCCUCUAUUUGGGCUACUACUGGGCAUGUGUGCCCCAGAGGCCUCGACUGGUGACAGGGCCCAGGUUUCUGACGUUCCUGGAGCAACACUGUCCAGUCACCGUGGAGACAUUCUACCCUACACUGUGGUGUUUUGAGGGAAGGCUGCAAACCAUUGCCCGAGUCUUAACACAGUCUCGGCCCCAAGUCUCUUACUGGAGUGAAGUCCUCCAAACCCUGGAUGGAGGACAGUUCCUGCUAGACUGGGCUAGCCAGCAUGACAGCAGCCAAUACCCUGACCCUACCACCCAGCCCAUUGUAUUACUGCUUCCUGGCAUCACAGGCAGUAGCCAGGAGACAUAUAUCUUGCACCUAGUUAACCAAGCUUUGAGGGAUGGCUAUAGGGCUGUUGUAUUUAAUAACCGGGGCUGCCGUGGGGAAGAACUGCUGACUCAUAGGGCCUAUUGUGCUGCCAAUACUGAAGAUCUGGAGACAGCUGUGAAGCACAUUAAGCACCGCUACCCCAAAGCUCCACUGCUGGCUGUGGGCAUCUCUUUUGGAGGGAUACUGGUGCUGAACCACCUGGCACGGACUGGGCAGGCAGCAGGGGUGGUGGCAGCACUGACUUUCUCUGCAUGCUGGGAUUCCUUUGAGACAGUCUGUUCCCUGGAGACACCUCUCAACUCACUGCUCUUCAAUCAGCAACUCACUGCCGGCCUCUGCCACGUUGUGGGCCGAAAUAGGAAGGUGAUUGAAAAAGUGGUGGAUGUAGACUUUGUGCUACAGGCCCACACAAUUCGCCAGUUUGAUGAGCGCUACACAAGUGUGGCCUUUGGAUAUCGAGACUCUGCUGCCUACUAUCAAGCAGCAAGCCCGAGAACCAAGGUAGACGCCAUCCAGGUCCCUGUGCUCUGCCUCAAUGCCGCAGACGACCCCUUUUCCCCAGCCAGUGCCUUUCCCCUCCAGGCUGCCCAACACUCUCCCCAUGUUGCACUGCUCAUCACAGCCCACGGUGGCCACAUUGGCUUCAUGGAAGGGCUGUUCCCCAGGCACCACUGCUAUAUGAGCCGCCUCUUGCAUCAGUAUGCCAGAGCCGUCUUCCAGCACCCAGAGGAGCUGCUGAGCCUCAGGACUCUCCUAUCUGCUGAGAGAAGCAAGAGCUGCUAAGAGCACCUUUUAGGGUUUUAGUUCAGUCUUCUCUAGUUUAUUAAAUAACUUUUCCUCCCUAA